UCUCUAAACUUACAAUAAAAGAAACCAGUCUUUUCUUACCACCACCUUUACAGAAAGAAAAAAUGAAUGUUUUUAUUGGAGUUAUCGCUGUUGUUGUUUCUCUUCUGCGAGCAACAGCAAAGGACCCGCAGAGUUACACAUGUGUUCUGAACGACUGCUACACCGCUAUUCAAGAUCUAAUGGAUUUUCAAACAUCCACACACGCAUGUGAAGAGAAAGGAGGACGUUUAAUGACUGUUCGGACAACAGAGUCCAGCGCUGCCAUCCACAAUCUAUUGUUUAAUCUUAGCGGAGACUUCUGGAUCGGGCUGCAGCUUCCUGCUGGGCGGUGUAGCGAACCUGCAUCUGGAUUGUUGAGGGGAUACCAGUGGACAACAGGGGACAACAGCACAGAAUUCACGAACUGGAAAAGCAAGGAAACCGUCUGUUCUCAGACGUGUGUCUCUGUUUCUAGCGAUCUGAAGUGGACAGAGAGGCCGUGCCGUCAUGUUCUCUCAGGGUUCUUGUGUGAGAACAACUACAAGAGCAUGUGCGGCCCUCUGACAGCCAAACCUGGGGAGUCAGUCUCCUACAGCACUCCUACCGGAUUUAAGGGAGAGGGCCUCUUCUCGCUCCCCCCGGGAAGCGUGGCUACCCGCAGCUCCUCGCGUAUCAAACACCUCUGCGCACCUGAGGGCGACGCAUGGCUCCCCAGCCCCUGGAGCUGCGAGGUAGAUAACGGCGGCUGCGACCACCAGUGCCACGGGACCGACGGAAUCCCGCGGUGCGAGUGCCGGGACGGCUUUCAAUAUAUAAACGGAGAGUGCAGAGACAUCGAUGAAUGCAUGACUUUUCCUUGUGAGCACGUCUGCGUCAAUAAGCCCGGUGGUUACAAUUGCUCCUGCUUCAGCGGAUACAGACAGACCAGCCAAGACCCGCACAAAUGUGAAAUAUACUGUGGCUCGGAAAAAUGUCCAGCCGAAUGCGAUGUAAACUAUGAGCUGACUUGCGCCUGUCCCAGUGGAUACCUGCUUGAUCAGAGGGGGGGCGUCAGUCUGUGCAUCGACAUCGACGAAUGUGAUUAUGACGGCUUUGAAUGCGAUCACAAAUGCGAAAACACUUUUGGAAGUUUUAUAUGUUCCUGUGAGACCGGAUUCGAGCUGAUAGAUGGCUACAGAUGCGUCAGUCGGGUUUUUACGACCCAAAAAUCUGACGAUUCCGUUACUUCUUCCACAAAUUAUGAUAUAAACAGAGCUUCUGUGAGGACACCCGAGACGCUUCUCGGAAUUGUCAUAUUCAGUUUAGUUGCAUUACUUGGGGCGCAGGCGCGGUGAUCAA